AGGCGCUCUGCUCGCUCAGAGAGGGAAAAAUAGAUCCGGAGCGUACCAAGUGCGGCGCGGGCGAGGGGGGGAUUUUAGCGUUGAGUGUGUGAAGCGGAAGGCCGAGAGGCGGCAAGACCCCCCCUUGUGUCCGGGCGGUGUCGGGGUGGUAGGGGCCCGGGCGCUGUGUGACGGAGGAUACGGUGAGGAGAAUUCGGUGGAGGAUGGAGGGGGCCGCAGAAAACGAGGCCGAGAGUCGGCCGGGCCCGGAGGAGAGGAGCGGCGAGAGAGAGGCCUUGAGCCUGCUGGAGACGUGUGGGGUGUGCCGGGCUAAUAUUCAGAGUCGGAGCCCCCGUUUACUGCCAUGUCUGCACUCUGUGUGCGCCGCCUGUCUGCCUGGAGCCCAGAGGUUCACCGCCCUGCCCGGGCUACUGCAAGGGGGCAACGCCGGGACCGUACAGGUUGGGAUAAUCCGCUGUCCAGUGUGCAGUCAGGAGUGUGCCGACAAAGACAUCAUAGAAAACUACUUUGUUAGAGACACCACUGAAGUUCCCAGUAGCACUGUAGAGAAGCCGAGCCAGCAAGUUUGCACAAGCUGCGAGGACAACGCGGAGGCGCAAGGCUUCUGUGUAGAGUGUGUGGAAUGGCUGUGCAAGAACUGCAUCCAGGCCCAUCAGAGGGUAAAGUUCACCAAAGACCACACUGUGCGCCAGAAGGAGGAGGUGCCACCUGCAGUUGGAGGCAACAGCCAGCGUCCAGUUUUUUGUCCGUUCCACAAAAAGGAGCAACUGAAACUUUACUGUGAAACCUGCGACAAAUUGACAUGCCGGGACUGUCAGCUGCAAGAGCACAAAGAGCACAGGUACCAGUUUAUUGAAGAAGCUUUUCAAAGCCAGAAGGUGAUCAUUGACACUCUGAUCUCAAAGUUAAUGGAAAAGAACAAAUACAUUAAAUUUACUGGAGACCAAAUUCAGAAUCGAAUUCUUGAAGUUAAUCAGAACCAAAAACAGGUGGAGCAAGACAUCAAAGUAGCCAUCUUCACCCUCAUGGUGGAAAUCAAUAAGAAAGGCAAGGCCCUGCUUAAUCAGUUGGAGACCCUGGCAAAGGAUCGCUGCACCAAGCUCCUAAAACAAAAGCACGAAGUGGAUGGUUUCUCCAAACAACUGGAACAUGUAGUGUACUUCUCCAAGUGGGCAGUGUCCAGUGGAAGCAGCACGGCAUUACUGUACAGCAAGAGGCUGAUUACGUUUCGCCUCAAACAUUUGCUUCGUGCCCAUUGGGAUGUGGCUCCGGUGACUAAUCGUGUCCAGUUUUUGUGUGAUGCAAAUUCCUGGGCACAGCAUAUCUUCAGUCUAGGCUCCCUGGUAAUUGAAGAGGGGGAUCCGGCGCAGCAGGCGGCUCCUGCAGAUGGUAAAAACCCUCAUGGCACAGCACCCAACAAUCAGCUGUCCAAAUUCCCAUCCCAGAUCAGCCUGGCACAACUCCGCCUCCAACACAUGCACCAGCAGAUCCUUGCUCAGCGCCAGCAACAGGCACAGCGCCGACCCAGCGCCAAUGUCCCUCCACAGCCCGUGGUGGCCGUGAACAACCCCAGAAUACAAGGACCCAUCCAACACCCACCACAGCCGGGCAAUCCGCAGGUACAGAGAUUUGUGAAUAUGCAAAAUAUGAAUCCACGAGCCAAUGGCAUGUUAAUAUCCAGUCAGCAAGUCCGAUACCCACACAAUGCGCCUCCUCCACAGGAAGUUCAUAUGCAGAACAUGCCCAGGAGACCCGGUGGACCCAACCCUGUUAGGGUGGCAUAUGUGCCUCAACAUGCCAUGAAGCAGUGGCAAGUCGCUGGAAACCAAACCAUUGUGAACCCUGGUACUGGGAAUUCCUCUACUCCAUCUAGCCCAACUAUCACCAGUGUGGCAGGAGGCGACGGCAAGGUUUUUCCCUCUCCUGUUAUCGAGUUGGUGUCUUCCGCUGCCAAUUCCUUCAAUCUCCCACCACUGCCUGAUAUUGACAGUACAGAUAACCUCAUGGUGGACAAAAUGAUGCGGAAAGAUGGCAGAAUGGGCAACCACCAUCAGAGAAUGAUAGCUCACCGAACCGUCCAGUCACCAAACUCCUCCGUGCCUUCUCCAAUAGGUUCCUUGGCGGGUGUUCAUCCUCCGAUACGCUCUUCAAGUGCGUCCAGCGUGGGCAGCCGAGGAAGUUCUGGAUCAUCUAACAAACCGAGUGGAGGAGCUGACUCUACUCAUAAAGUUCCAGUUGUUCGCCUUGAGCCUAUCCGUAUAAAGCCAGAGAACAACACUGACAACGAAUCCUUUGAAUACCCAGUUGUGGUGGUAAAGCAAGGCAACCAGCGCCAACAGCAGCAUCCUCGAAAUCCUGAAUACACAGGAAGCAGCAUUUUAACAUCCAUGCUGCUUGAUCGCAACGCCAAUCGUACUACCAAACCAGACUUUGCACCAAGGAGAGACACUCCCGAUAGUACUGGUGACCGCCAUGUUGUUCAGCAGAGUUUAUACCAGCGAGCCAAUGACUGGGGCUCCCAGUAUCAGGUGACAGAGAGUGGUGGGAAGGAGGAUGACCCUAAUGAAGAUUGGUGCGCAGUGUGUCAGAACGGAGGCGAGCUGCUGUGCUGUGAAAAGUGUCCCAAGGUUUUUCACCUCUCCUGCCAUGUGCCAACACUAAUGAACUUCCCCAGUGGCGAAUGGAUCUGCACUUUUUGCCGAGAUCUUUCCAAACCUGAAGUGGAAUACGACUGUGACGACCCAUCUCUGGCAGAGAAACUGAAGCUUGGGGGUGCAAUUUUAAUGCCACCGAUGGAUCAGAGGAAGUGUGAAAGGAUUCUCCUAUACCUCUUCUGUCAUGAGAUGAGUUUGGCCUUCCAAGACCCAGUUCCCCUUACUGUGCCCGACUACUAUAAAAUUAUAGCACGGCCAAUGGACUUGUCACACAUAAAGAGAAAACUUCAACUAAAUGGAUCUCCUCACUACUCGCAUCCAGAAGAGUUUGUGAGCGAUGUACGCCUGAUAUUCCAGAACUGUGCAGAAUUCAAUGAGCCUGACUCUGAAGUGGCAAACGCAGGCAUUAAACUUGAGGAAUACUUUGAGGAGCUUCUAAAUGGCAUCUACCGGGACAAGAUGUUUCCCAAAAUGCAGCAGCCGCAGCAGCAGCAGCAGAAGGAAAACCUGCAAGAGGAGAGUGAGGACUCAGAGGAUGAUAUUGUUCAACCACGUAAAAAAAGAAAACUAGAAGAUCGGAUGUUUUUCAGAUGAACUUCUUUCUAGGAAGCCAUGUACAGACAAUUCCUUAGCUGUUAUUAGAACUAUUUGUGGACUGGCUGUGGGCCUGUGACUGUCCCUCCAGGAUGUAGUUUCAUUGUGUUGGCGCCUCACCUGAGACCUAAAGGUUGCUGAUUUUGGGAGGGAAUGCAAUCCUCACAUUUAAAAAGUACAGAAAUGUGCAUAUCUGAACUGUAUGCCAUCUCCUUCAUUUACUGACCUACUAAUUCUAUUCUGGCCUGAGUUCUGCUUUUUUUUUUUUUGUCCUUAUCCUGAAGGUGUAGCUGACCCUUCAAUUUCUAUGAGAAGAAAACAACAUAACACCAAAGUAGCUAUCCACUUGUUUUGCCUGGACCAGCCUUUCUUAACCAAUGUUACAUGGAACCCUGAGCUUCCUCCAGAGGUUGCUAGGGGGGUUAUUGGAGACACAGAGCAGUGUCAUACACUGACCACCAAUGGCAUGAGUUACUACAAUAUCACUGUUUUGUUUCUUUUCUGGACAUUAAUAUUUGUUUAAUUUCCUGAUUUAUGAAGUAAACCUGAUUCUAUUUUUUUUAUUAUUAUUUAAGUCUCAACAAGCUACUGAUCUUGCUAAUUUACUAUGGCUGUAAGUCUAAUAAUUUUAGUCGGUUUCCUGAGACCUGAAACCUAUUUCAAGGUUUCCUCCCAUGGUAAAAAUUAGUAGAACAGACCUAAAUGUUUCCUGGGUGGAAUUUUGUUUCUUGGCCUUCACACGGUCCCAGCACCUUUUUACACCAAAUGAGAAUUCACUCCUUGGUAUGACCCUUUCUAUAUAUCCAGCAAAAACCAUUUUAUAUGCCAUCUUGUUUCUCUCCUGUUUAGGAGAAUUUGGCACCAUUUUGUGAUGCAGUAUUAUCCAGAGUUUUGCCAUCCUUUCCUCUCACUGUUCCUAGUGUUGGGUCCGUUUUAUUUCCAGUUAACAGGAAAAAACUAGAUGAUAAACUGUGUUGAAAUGUUAAAAGCUGAACUCUGGGAUAAGUAUUGUCUAAAUACAUAUAUAUAUUUAUGCUGUAUGUUGUGUAUUUCUUCCAAAUCUGUGCAGAAAUUCCAUGUGAUACUUUGCCUCUGUGCAGGAGCUUCCUGUGAUAAAGACCAGUCACUGCUGCUCUCUACUUGUGCAGGGUGACUGGUCUUGUCUCUGCCCCCUUGUAGUUUUCGCAGUGGGUGGGGCACCCCCAGUGCUGCUGUCUGACAGUGAUGUCACUACUAGAUUCUUAAGGUAAUCCUGGGUUUGAAAAGGCAUUUGGUACACACAAAGUGGAUUUAUAUCCUUGUGGCUAUUGAGGAAUAUAUUUAAAUAGAAGUUUUCGUGCCCAGCGUUCAGCUUUAAAUUAAUCAACACUUAUGUUUUAAGACACAAGGCAAAUUUCUGCCAAUGCUUCAGGGCAGAAAAAUGCCAUGUCUGAUUUGAUUUUGAGUUUAAGUUCUCUUUCUGUUUUAAAACACACUAUUGCUUGGUCUGCUUAUUUUUAAAUAUACUUUUGUGUUUGCAGUGCGUUAUAA